UUUUUGCCAAGAUUGAUAGAUGCACUGGAAAUGAUGAAACAAGGUGUGAAGCGUCUUCUUGUGCCAAAGAGUGUGGUAUGGAAAGGUGUGAGCAAGAAGUUCUCAAUUCUUUACAAUGGAAAAUGGCUAAAAAACAUAGAGGCAGGGAGCAACGCUAGUAGCAUCGCAAAUCUCAAUCGCCCUUCCUCAUCUACCGCCACUAUCAGCAAAACAAAGUAUUGUUGUCUCUCUAGAGAAGAUGUUGUCCGUUUUCUCAUUGGUUGCCUGGGUGCACUGGCGCCCAUCCCUCUCUCAUCCAUCUCCUCACUUGGAGCAAUCAGUUCUCAUUAUUCCUCCAUUGAGGCCUCCCUCCCAGCUGUUGAAGCCACCAAGAAGCUGCCUCACGACCCAAGUGCUGUUGCAGUUGUGGAGUCUACUCUUGAUGGUCAGCAUAAAAUUAUAGGGGAAAUAUCAGCAUGUAAACUAUGGAAAUGUGAUUACUUAGCUGCAGCAUACGCUUUGGCCAAUCUCUCAGCCGGGCAGUUUGUUAUGGGUGUUGAGGAUAAUAUGUCGCCAAGGUCGGUUCCUGAUAUUGGAGUUAACUCAACUGUCAAAGGAGACAGUAACGGAACUAAUGGAAGUGGUUCAAUGAGGCUUAGGAGAUUUAGCAGUAGAAGCAUCGGAUUUUUCGGAAACUCUGUUAGCCCCAAUUCUGGGGCUAGAAGUAUGUAUAGAGGAAGAAGUGCUCCUUUGACAUGCAGAGCUACAAGCUCGUUGGCUGCUGUUAUGGCUCAGAUGCUCUCUCACCGGGCAACCCAUGUUUGGGUAACUGAGGGUGAAGAUGAUGUUUUAGUUGGCGUUGUUGGGUAUGGGGAGAUCAUGCAUGCCGUGACUAAUAGACCACCACCACCAUCAACUGUCUCUACAAACCAGUAAAUUUUGGGACGGUCUUCUGAUUCUGAAUCAUUUUAGUAGUUGCAUCUACGUCGUGUUCAUUUAGAAUGGUUCCUAGUAUGGUUACAUGUUUCACUCUAUAUCUCAACUCUAUACAUUGGGAGUCUUGUGUUGUAAAGAAUGAUUAGCAGUGCGGGAACAUGCUUUCUUGUAGCUGAAUGUUUUGCCGUUAGGCUUGGUGAGAUUUGUAUUAUUUAUUUGUUUAUUUAUUAUAUACCUUUAAUCGAAUAAAAACUUGGGAAUUCCGAUCUCCCGUGUUGUUGAGCAUUAUGAACCUUGAGUUACUGCAAUUCAUUGUAAUGAUUUUCCUAGUGAUUGCAUUUUCCUAUUGAA